GGGAGAGGGUGUGCGUGCGGUCCGCUCUGUCAACCUUCGCGUCGGCUUGCCUCCUCGGUCGCCAGGUCCUGUGAAGACUCAUAUCAAAUUUUUUUUUUUAUUCAUCUCCGACACGUCUUUCGUGCCUUGAGGCGGUGGUUUAUCCCCUGAAUAUGGAGGAUUUAUUUAUUUUUUUAAUUUGAUAGGAGAUGAACUAGUUUUUUAUAUAUAAAGGAUUUGAUGAGUUUAACUGUAGUUUCCGGAAGUUUUUAAUUUAGCGCGACAGUGGAGUAAAAAACAAACAAAAAAAACUUGAUUAUAUAUUUUUAAAAGUUAUAUUUGUUCCUGCGAAGGAAAUAAACAAUAAUAACACCAUAAAAAAUAAAAUCGAAGUGAAGAGAGAUUUCCGGAGAAGAAAUCCAAACCUUAUAUAAAAAAAAAUAUUACGAGUGAUACAAUGAAAUAGAGGAAAAAAAAGUUUAUUCUGAAAUGAAAAUAUGAAACAAUUUAUCAGUGUUUAAAUAACGUGCAAAAAAAUAAAUAGAUAAAUAGAUUAACAACUGACCUACAAUUUAUCAAAUAAAGUGACCCCAAACUUGAAAUACAUAAAGUAGAAAAUACAAAAAGUAGAAAAUUCAAAGGCAUAUAUAUAGAGAAAAAAAAUAUAUAUAUAUAAAAAAGAAUAAAAAAAAAAUACAAGAGUGAUGACAGGACACAGUCCCCGCAAGGGCACGACUCGAGGGAAGAUGAAUGUUGCAACAGCCUUCCUCGUGCAACUUGGCGUCACGCUCACGGUCAACUCGUUCUGCUGUUCUGCCAGUCCCACCACCUCUUCUUCCUCCUCCUCCUCCUCUUCGUCCUUGUCGUCGUCGCCUUCGUCUUCUUCGUCAACCGUGGAACUGCAGCUCUCGGCGACCAACAACAAUAUCCUGGCGAGGUAUCCCGGCCAGGACGACUACGUCAGUCCUCUAAAAUCAACGCGGGCGGUCGUGGGCGGUCUUGCAGAACUCCCUUGCAACAUCACCUCGCCCAUUCUCGGGGAUCCGCCCCUUUUGGUGCUCUGGUACAAGGCUGGGUUGCAUAAGCCUAUUUACAGCUAUGACGUCAGACGCGGCCCUCCGAGCCACUGGGCGAAUCCAUCCGUGUUGGGCGAUCGUGCAAAGUUCGACGCUGCAACGGCCUCCCUCGUCGUGCAACGCGUGCAGGAGGAGGACGAGGGGAUGUUCCGAUGCAGAGUGGAUUUUCGCACAAAUCCCACCCUGACUUUUUCCAGUAACCUCACUGUGAUUGUUCCGCCUCGAAGGGUCGCCGUCUACACCGAGAGAGGCGUCGAAGCGAGGAGCAUCGUGGGCCCUUUUACCGAAGGCGACACCCUCCGCUUGCUCUGCCGCGUCGAGGGGGGUUCGCCGUCCCCCCAGGUCACGUGGUGGGAAGGGUCAGAGCUCCUGGACGCGACCCUAGACAGCAGUGACCUCGGCUACGUGACCAACACCCUCGAAAUCUCGCCGUUAACGAGAGAGGACCUGCACCGAACUCUCACGUGUCAAGCGACCAACACGAAUCUCACUGCCCCGCUCGCCGCCACCGUCACGCUCGAUAUGAACUUUCCUCCCCUGUGGGUUCGCCUCUUAAGCAGCCGUGACCCGUUGAGUGCCGGACGCCAAUACGUCGUGGUGUGCCAAGCUGUGGGUGCCAAACCGCCUGCGAACAUCACGUGGUAUCUUGGCCCUACGAGACUCACUACGCAUUUCGAAGAGCGGAGCCACGAAGGAAACGUAACGACUAGCUCCCUCCGCCUCACGCCCACGGUAGCCGACGCAGGGCAGGUGCUGGCGUGCGUCAGUGAUUCCCGCACUGUGAAGACGAGGCUAAUGAUGGACGAGUGGAAGCUAGAUAUUUAUUAUGUUCCGGUGGCCAGGAUCCAGCCUGGAGGUUCUCUAAAUCUAAGUAAUAUUGAAGAAGGCGAUGAUGUGUACUUUGAGUGUGCAAUAGAAGCCAACCCGAGGGUGUACAAAAUCGUUUGGAGACACGACGACCAGGAACUCCGCCACAACGUGUCUGCGGGCGUCAUCACCAGCAACCGAAGCCUCGUCCUCCAACACGUGUCGAGGACGGCGUCGGGAAGGUACCACUGCGUCGCCUCCAACAUCGAGGGGGACGGGAAGUCAGAGGAUAUUACACUCAGCGUCAAGUACUCACCUGUAUGUCGCGAGAACCAAAUGAUGUACCACGGAGCAGCCAGGUACGAGCAAGUCAACAUCCCUUGCUCUCUGGACGCCCACCCGCCGCCCAUCUCCUUCCGCUGGACAUUCAAUAACAGCGGAGAAAGUGUUGAUAUUCCUCAGAACCACAUUAUGGUAGAAGGUUCUAGAGCGACAGUAAGCUACACCCCCAACACAGAGCUAGAUUACGGUACACUUCUCUGCUGGGGGUCCAAUUCUGUGGGUGUUCAGCGCCAUCCCUGUGUCUUUCACGUGUUCCCUGCUGGCCCUCCUGAUCCUGUACACAAUUGUUCAGUGUACAAUCUCUCAGUGACCGUAGUGAACGUCCGAUGUCUAGCAGGAUUUGAUGGUGGUUUGCCGCAGACUUUCAUCCUCGAACUGUACGACCCGCACACGAACGUCUUGGUGGGGAACACGACCAACACGGUGCCGAAGUUCUCAGUGCCAGGUCUGCCUCCUGGCGUGGGUCUGUUGGGCGUGGUCUACUCUACCAACGCGAAGGGGCGUGGCCAGAUGAUCAAUCUGCAGGUGUUCACACUAAAAGACGUGGCUGAGAGACGAACAGCCGCAGUGAAGCCGCCCCCGCACGCCAGCGUCUCCUCCGUCAGGAUAACCGCCAUCAUAGCAGUCGUGAUGGGCGUCUUGGGCGGCCUACUCGUCGUGGCCAUCCUCAUCUGCGCCGUCCUUAGGCUCAGGGAUGGGCGCGGGGACGGGGGGGCGGGGGUGAGAGCCGUGGAGGUCAAGACGAAGGAGCGUGGGCGUGAGAGACCGCAGGAAGGAGGCGGGCAGGACGAAGGGGCGGCCAAGACGGCGCUGACGACGAGCCUGAAGGAGGUGCAGGGGGGGCGCGCCGGCUCCCCGAGGGACUAUGACGAGAAGAACCCGGAUGUGAUCCCGCAGUCAGACUCAGAGUCAUGGCCUGCUGAGGGAGUUAACACCAUCAGUUCAGCUUCUCUGCCUCCCACGUACUCUGCUCUGCCGAGGACGUCCGCACAGGUGUACUCGCAUGGCAAUUAUCAGCAGGCCCAGUGCGGCAGCGACGUGCAAUACGCCGAACUCCUGCUCUCCGGGACGACCAUCACGACCACCCCCCGCCCGCACGACCAGCACAAGGUCAUCUACACGACCCUGGACCACAAACACGUCCUCCCCCCCUACCCCUCCCCUCAGCCCCACCCCUCUUACACCCAUCCUUCCCUCCCUCCCUCCACCUCCUCCCCGCCCCCUCCCACGCACCUCCUCCAGCAGGGGGGGUCCCAGCACCACCUCGGAGGCACGUGGACGACCUCCUGCGGCACGACCUCGCCGCGACAGCCUCUCCUUCGUCGGGAUUCACGCGUCGACGACCCUCUCAAAGCCGACCCUGAGGCGCGUGUCCCUCUCAUCUCGAAUCAGAAGGAGAGUUCGGUUUAAAGGAUGAUACGAGCAUCAUAUAAAAAAAAACUAUAAUAAAUUGGAAAAAAAAGCUGUGUAAAGGGACUAUUUCUCUUGUGUGUUAUGAGGAACGACCAUGAUUCUGAAAGACUUUUGUCGCUUUUGUUAAGGCUAUGAACAACUUUUGUGUUUAGCGUUCUCUCUCUGUCUAAAAAAAAGGCAGUGUAAAUGCCAGUCAAGUGUCACAGUUGUAUUUACUGUAUUGUGUAUCAUAUACACCCGAAAACGUAUGUAAACUUAUAUACUGUUAUGUUUUGUGUCCGUGUGUGAGCGUGUGAUAUAUUUUUUUUUUUACAAGAAAAUACAAAUAAAGAUCAGUGAUUACUUUGGAAAUCGUGUGAUUUUAUGUUUCUUUUUAUAAGAAAAGAAGAAAAUGAUAAAGAAUUUUACUCUCGAAUUUAUGUGAUCUGAUUUUUUUCCCCAAGAAAAGUGGAAUAAAAAAGAUGAUUGUCAAUAUUCUCAGAUUAAUGUGAUUUCAAUAUUUUUAUUAAGAAAAAAAAAGUAAGAAAAAAAUAUUCAAUAUUCCCAAAUUAACGUGUGUGUAACUGUGAAUCAUUUACCAAACUGACAGUAUUGGAGGGACAUAGAUAAAAAAAGACGUAGAAAAAAAGAAAAAGAAAAGAGAGAGAGAGAAAAAAAAAAUACUGCGUGUGUGUGCAGGGUUAUUAUUCGAACAGUGCCAGUGUUCAAAGGCACUCAUGAACGAAGUCUGAUGAAACGUCCUGUUGAGUGUGCGAGUGUGUCUGUAAAUAAAAGCAACAAGUCCACGUCAUCAGAGAGUAAAAUAAAUGUCUUUUGUAGGAGUGACUUCUACAGGCUUGGUGCUUGCGGGCCUGAACAAUCAGUCGCUGGAACUUUUAUGAACAAUGGAUAUCUGGUGGAUAUGGGAA